AUGGAAAUCUAUCCUGAUGUAUUACAAUUACGUUAUCAAUUAGAAACUAAUCUAUUAAUGCGUAUACCUGCUAGUGAAUAUCUUGUUAUAUUACUCGAUUCAAUCGAUCAACUCGAACCGGAUGCAUAUAUGAUUUUAUCGUCAAAUGAUACAGAACAUUUACUUGUUACUGUACCACCAUUUGAAGUAUCAACAGUCGAAAUUGUCUAUAAUGAUUGGCUUGCAAUGAAAAAACGUUCAUUAAGUGAUGAACAACGUUUAUUUAUUCGUGAUUUAAUGGAAGAACGUAAUGAAAUUCUACCUCUAUAUAUGAAACUUGUUUUUGAUAUUAUCUUAACAUGGCAUUCGUAUGAUUCAAUCAAUAUUGAAUUAAAAAAAUUAAGAAAUGUCGAUGAUUGUAUUCGUUAUCUAUUUAAUCAUUUGGAAAAAGUUCAUAAUCGUCUUUUAUUCAUUCGGGCUAUAUGUUAUAUGACAUCAUGUCGUAAUUGUAUCAGUCAAAAUGAACUUGAAGAUGUACUUUCACUUGAUGAUGAGGUUCUUGAAAGUGUUUUUCAACAUUAUAUACCACCUGUUCGACGUUUACCUGGCAUUUUAUGGACAAGAAUUCGAAAUGAUUUAGAUGAAUAUAUUACAGAAAAAAGAAGCUGA